CUCAUAGUCACAGGUGAGGUUGAUAAAAAAACCGUCAUUUUUUUAAGUUUUUUUCCCGUGACUUUAACCACCCGUGGCUGGUGUCUUUAGUCACUCCGAUUUUUUACACCUCUUCACUAAAAUCUACAAUCUGUCAAUCAGUUACUGCUCGAUUAUAAAGCUUUAGCUUAGUUUAUAUUCAAAGGAGAUUUCCAUGUUUAGGUUAUAAUUAGACUUAUGAAAAAUACAUUUUCUUAAAAUACUAACAGGUAGUAAUACUUUCUCAAAAGAUCAUGUAUAUUAAAAUACUUUUAAAUUGAAAUUGUUACAUAAAUUACAGUACGUAAAUACUGUGUUUUCUGUAUUUCACGUAACAAUCAUAAUGGACGAUGAUAUUGAUAUUUAUGGAGAUUUGGAAAAUUUCGACGAAAAAAAAGACGAAAAUUGUUCUUCGACUAUCUCAGAGUUGAAAUUGGAAACAAAAAAAUUAGAAAAUCACACCCAAGAAUUGGAAAAAAAGAUUAAAAAUUUAGAAGCCACCAAUAAUACUUUGAAAAUAAACUUGUCAUCACUUUUGAAGACAGCCAAAAAUGAAAUUGUAAGAAAAGGCCGUAUUAUAGCUGAAUUAAGACAACAAUUGAACAAUAAAACAUUUCGCAGAAAUUCUUCUGAACAAUUUAAAUUCAACAAGCCUAAUGAUCUCAAUGUCAAAUCUCAAUCCCAGAAUAAAUUUGACGAAAUCAAUGUUAAACAGGAACCAAUAUGUAAAAUCAAUGAGCCUGCACAUGAUGAUUCGAUCUUUUUAACAUUUGUUCCAAACAAAAAAUUCGAAGAAAAUGAUAACUUUGUGCCUACUGUUUUCGGUGAAAGACUAAAAAAAAAAUUACGUGAAGAAGAAGAAACUGCCAAGUUAGAAAAUAUUCAAUUAAAACGGUUAACUCUUAAAUCUAUUAUUCAAGAAGAGAUGAAAAGUGAUAAAGGUGAUAAAGAAAACCAAUUACUGAUUUCAUCAAGUAACAAUCAAGGCGGUCAAAAUCUGUAUAAAACAUCUUCAAAAAGAUCAAGUGAAACGGAUUCCAGCAUCAAUCUUGAUAAACGAAUAAAACUUGAAGAAGAUUAUAAUGAAGACAAUAAAAUUCAAGAAAAAAAUCUACUUGAGCAAAAUACAAAAAAAAAUAUUUCUAUCAUGAAUACAGAUGUUUCUUGUAAAAAUGGUGUAAUUGAACCAAUCUCAAAUAAAAAGCAUGGACCAUUGGAUUCAUCAAACAAUGAAUCAAAAACUAUUGACGCUUCAACUAACAGAACUCAUGAUCAAAUGAGAAAAGACAAAAAAGAUUCAUCGAAUAGUUCAAAGAAAAAUAUCAAUAGUCGCACACUUGAUAAUCCUUCAGAACUUUUCAAUAAAAAAAAUACUGCGACUGUGACAUCUUUUUCGAGUUCUACUAAAAAAAUUAUUAUACCAAGGCCGCGGAAAGCUGCUCAUUUAACCGAUAGUUCAACUUCAAUGACAAUAGUUGUAAGUCAAAAUAAUAUCAAUGAUAUUGUAAAUAAACAAAAAAUUAAAUCAUCUUAAUUUUUUUUAUUA